GACCCGCGCGCUUGCGGACGUUAGGCCAAAAGUCACAGGUAACGAAGGCGUCAUGGCGGCUCUGUGUCGCACCCGUACCGUGGCUGCCGAGAGACAUUUUCUGCGAGUGUUUCUUUUCUCCAGGACCUUCCGAGGAACAAGUACUGAGAGUGGCUCCGAUAGCGGGAGUUCAGAUUCCACGGAGCCUAGGACGCGCCCAGGCGGCUUCGCGAGCGCGUUACAGCGGCACUCGGAGCUGUGGCGGAAGGCGGAGCGCGGGCCGGAGUCUCCGAAAAAUGUGGAAUCCUUCGCAUCCAUGCUGAGACAUUCACCUCUUACACAGAUGGGACCUGCUAAGGAUAAACUGGUCAUUGGACGAAUCUUUCAUAUUGUGGAGAAUGAUCUUUAUAUAGAUUUUGGUGCCAAGUUUCACUGUGUAUGUAGAAGACCAGAAGUGGAUGGAGAGUAUCAUUCCCUUCAAUGCAGCGUGGAUUGGCAGUGGAGAGUUACUGCAAUCUCUGUUGCCAUCUAUUAAUCCCCUUUUUCUUGUACUAAAAAACUGUUCCUGAACCUUCUUGAGCAAAUCAGAAAUGUUCUCAUUUUUACCCUGAUGUUUAAAGUUCAUUGUGCUUAGAUGCAUUAUUCCUCAGUAAGAAAGUUUGCAUGCCACUAGGGGUUUUAAAUUGAGUCUCAGAUCCCUAGGUGCUUUAUCUGACUUAGCUUUUUUAACAACUUUAACAAAUUUUCUUGCCAUCUCACCACAAUAAAAUAA